AUGGUGCUCCAGAAGAAAAACAGUAACGAGCUUGAGCUUGAGUUUGAGAGUCCUUCGAUUGUAAUGGCCAAGAUGGCCAAUGUGAACCUAGAGGAGUUUGAAGAGGAGUCAAUGACGUCGGGAAAGGACCUGGCCGAGACUGCCGUCCAUGGCAACGACAAGGCCAUGCCGAACCUGGCUCACGAUGAAGACCGUGCUGUGUGGCAUCUCAAGUGGGUUGUAGUGACGCUUUUGGUAUGUGUGGCGUUGGCAAUCUGUUUGUUUGUCUUCUUUCUCAUUGAGAAUGGUGAAACGGAAAGUUUCCAACAAGACUUUGAAGUCAUGGCCGACAAGAUGGUGGACAGGAUUGGUCGUAACUUUCUUCAGCGUAUUGGCAUCCUUGAAGACUUUUGUUUGCAGUACACUCACCAGGGACAAACCCAAGUAUAUCCCUCGUGGCCCUUUGUCAUGCUUCCCGGACGCAGCUUUCACUACCAGGCGGAAAAGGCUGCCCUCCUGUCGGAUACGAUGUCCUUGGGCCUUAUGCACAUUGUCACAACUGACCAGAAAGAGGAAUGGAAGCAUUAUGUCGAAGAGAACCGUGACUGGUUGCCUGAGGCACAGGCGGCUAUGAAUGGCAUCUCCCUGGAUCAGGCAAGGAAUGAGUCCGUCACCAUCCCCUCGGCAAUUAUCAACAUGGACAAGAAGCCUCCCUAUAUGGUCACCAAUGAGACUGGACCAUACGCCGUCUUUUGGCAGGGCUAUCCGGCUCACAACGACCAUGUGUACUCAGUCAACCUACUCUCCCAUCCUCAUUACCACGAUAACAUCGAACUGGUUGUGGCCGAAGGCCGCCCUGCUCUCCUCAGUAGCUACGACUUUAUGGACCCGGAAGCGGCUGCCAAGGAUCCUCGAAAGAAAUUGCACGAUGCCAACCUCAAAGUCUACGAGAAGCAUGGAGGCUUGCCAUACCAGAAUGACCCUGUUGGACCAUCACUGCUUCCCGUCUUUAAAGACUUUGAUCAAAAAGAGGUGGUUGGUGUGAUGAUUUUUGGAGUCUACUGGAGGACUCUGUUAUCUCGGCUCCUCCCAACAGGGACCAAUGGUGUCGUGGUGGUACUCGAAAAUACUGCCGGACAGCAGUACACAUACCGCAUCGAUGGAACCGAUGCUACCUUUGAAGGGCACGGCGAUUUUCACGAUACCCGCUACGAUCGUUUGGAAGCCGUGGGGUACAUCCGGUCCGACAAGAUUGGCGAUGCCGCUGCCGCCUUUCAGGCCCGCGUGGAAGAUUCAGAGAACAGCCACCUGGACACCAAUUACCGUGUCCGUGUCUAUCCUUCGCAACUCUUUGAGUCGGCCUAUCGCACGGAACGGGCAUGGCUGUUUGCUCUUUCCUUGGCCAUGGUAUUUGUCUUUACUUCCUCCGUCUUCCUCAUGUACGACUACUGCGUGGAACGACGCCAAAGGAUUGUCGCCCAGUCGGCAGAAAAGUCUGGUGCCAUUGUUCAUUCCCUCUUCCCAGAACAAGUCCGAGAACAUCUCUACGAAGACAACAGAGCCAAAAAGAAGCAAAUUGGGGAUGGAUUUGAAGCAAUCUCCAGUGACCCUGUCACCCCUGCUGCCAAUGCCCAUUUGUAUCCCGAAUGCACAGUGUUCUUUUGUGACAUUGCUGGGUUUACCAAGUGGUCUUCCUGUCGAACUCCAGUAGAAGUCUUCGAGCUGCUAGAGGCAUUGUAUGCUGCCUUUGAUGCAAAUGCUAAACGCCGAAAGGUGUUCAAGAUUGAAACAAUCGGUGAUUGCUAUGUGGCUACCACAGGCCUACCAAAAGCACAGCUGGGACAUGCUUUGAUCAUGGCCCGAUUCGCGAAUGACUGCAUGAAACGUGCACUGGAAUUGGUGCAUGAAGAUGGGGAACUGUGCCAGAAAUUGGGCAAGGACACUUCCGAACUUGCUGUUCGAGUUGGCAUGCAUAGUGGACCGGUGACGGCGGGUGUGUUGCGUGGAGACAAGCAGCGCUUCCAGAUAUUUGGUGAUACGGUCAACACAGCCUCCCGCAUGGAAAGCAAUGGGGUUCCCAACGGAAUCCAUGUAUCUGAAUCAACAGCCCAACUUUUGAAGCUGGGUGGGAAGGAACAUUGGUUGACUCCCCGUGAAGACAAGAUCACAGCAAAAGGCAAAGGAGAAAUGCAAACCUACUGGGUUGUGGUCUCCUCUGGUGGUUCCACCGGUCCUGCCUCUACUGUGGGGUCUUCGGAGUUGCGUGUGAAUCAAAGUUUUCAAAGUGUUGAUUCUUGCUUGUCACAGGGGAAGGAAACCUUCGGUUGUGCGGAUCCGAGUACAAGUGUUACAAAGGAAACACCCGGAGAUGAUUGGGUGUAA